ACAAAGACAGUCAGUCUGAUGUGAUUGAGACAAGGGAGGUUUUCAGGGGGAGACUGGGAGAUAGGGGCCUCCCCUCCCCCUUCUCCUCUUCCUGCGCCGGCCUCAACCCCUCCCCAGUCCCCUCCCGACGGGCGCCCCACGCGGAAGACACCCCUCCCCCGCCCGCUUUCCCCUCCUCCCUACCUCAGCCCUUCGUACCGGGACGUUGGGGAGGGGGCUGUGCCGGGCGGAGAGAACUCAGCAAGGAUUCUGAGAAUGAUAAAUAACGCUGAUCAUCUCUAGAAAAGAUAUUGAUUCACCUCAUGUAAAGUAUGCUCAGUUCCUUUCCAGUGGUUUUGCUGGAAACCAUGUCUCACUAUACAGAUGAACCCAGAUUUACCAUAGAGCAGAUAGAUCUGCUUCAGCGCCUUCGACGUACUGGAAUGACUAAACAUGAAAUUCUCCAUGCCUUGGAAACUUUGGACCGUCUUGAUCAAGAGCAUAGCGACAAGUUUGGAAGAAGGUCCAGCUACGGAGGAAGUUCAUAUGGGAAUACUACCAACAAUGUUCCAGCAUCUUCCUCUACAGCUACAGCUUCCACACAGACCCAGCAUUCUGGAAUGUCCCCAUCACCUAGCAACAGUUAUGAUACCUCCCCACAGCCUUGUACUACCAAUCAGAAUGGGAGGGAGAAUAACGAGCGAUUAUCCACAUCCAAUGGAAAGAUGUCACCAACUCGCUACCAUGCAAACAGCAUGGGUCAGAGGUCAUACAGUUUUGAAGCCUCAGAAGAGGACCUAGAUGUAGAUGAUAAAGUAGAGGAAUUAAUGAGGAGGGACAGCAGUGUGAUAAAAGAGGAAAUCAAAGCCUUUCUUGCCAAUCGGAGGAUUUCCCAAGCAGUUGUUGCACAGGUAACAGGUAUCAGUCAGAGCCGGAUCUCUCACUGGCUGUUGCAGCAGGGAUCAGACCUGAGUGAACAGAAGAAAAGAGCGUUUUACCGAUGGUAUCAGCUUGAAAAGACAAACCCUGGAGCUACACUAAGUAUGAGACCCGCGCCCAUUCCAAUAGAGGACCCGGAAUGGAGACAAACGCCUCCCCCAGUCUCAGCUACAUCUGGCACCUUCCGACUGCGACGAGGGAGUCGAUUUACCUGGAGAAAGGAGUGCCUGGCUGUCAUGGAAAGUUACUUCAAUGAGAAUCAAUACCCAGAUGAAGCAAAAAGAGAAGAAAUUGCAAAUGCUUGCAACGCAGUUAUACAGAAGCCAGGCAAAAAACUGUCAGAUCUGGAACGAGUUACCUCCCUGAAAGUGUAUAAUUGGUUUGCUAACAGACGGAAGGAGAUCAAGAGGAGAGCCAAUAUCGAAGCAGCAAUCCUGGAGAGUCAUGGGAUAGAUGUACAGAGUCCCGGAGGCCAUUCCAACAGUGAUGACGUCGACGGAAAUGACUACUCAGAGCAGGAUACUUGGCAAGUACGCAAUGGGGAGGAGGAGGAGGGAAGAAGUUCAGAGGGAGGCAGAGAAGCAGAGAAGGACGACAGCACUAGCCAUAGUGACCACCAAGACCCCAUCUCAUUAGCUGUGGAAAUGGCAGCAGUCAACCACACUAUCUUGGCCUUGGCCCGACAAGGAGCCAACGAAAUCAAGACAGAGGCCCUGGAUGACGACUGAUGAGGGAGGAUUGGACACGAGAAGUUAACUUAGUUUAGACGUAGCACCUUAGCAGACUUUCCUCGGUCCUUAACAUGUGUUCUUACAGUAUAACUUGCAGUUUCUUGUAUGUCAGUUAGCCGUUAGGGUCUUGUUCUGUGAAGAUGGCAUGGUGCCCUCAGCCUUUGCAUAUACUCUCAGUAUUAAUUCCCAGUAAAUAAUAACCAACCAACCAAUCAACCUUCCCUCUCCCAGACCCCGAGGCUAGAAGAUCUUGCUGCUCUGUCUUAGCAUUCCAAGAAAGUGCUUCCAGGUAUUUAGAUAGCCCUCAGUUCUCAAAUAUUAGGCUGUGUGUAUUGGGUACCUUUAGAUUCCUGUAACACUAGUCUGUACCCCUUCCUUCCCCAAGACUGGUAGGAUGCAAGCUGAGGUAGUGUGGCCCAGGAUGGACAGACGCCAUUUGGGGAGUACCCACAGAGUAAAAGGGACACUAGAACCCCCACCUCAGUGUGGGAAGAAUUGAUUUCCAGCUGCAAUAAGCCGUGCCUCAUAAUAGUCACACUGUGGCUAGAUUAUACUUCUUUGGGUGCUGUGCUAAGAAUGUCAGUGGAAACACUCGAUCUCAGAUUUUGGUUGAUGUUAACAUGCCUGACACAGACAUCCUUUCCUCUCACAAGCUGUGUGACUUAAGUAGAUAAAAUACUGCCUCUGCCUUUGGGACCAUGAUUAAAACAAACAAACAGAAAAAUGACAAAAAUCAAAAGUCAUUUAAAAAAAACAAACCCACAAAGCCCAGCUUGAGAGCACUGGGAAAAAACAUGAGCUGAAGGUCUAAUGGAUGUUAGGUCCAGUUCUCAGAACCACUAUACAGUACGUGGCACAGGUACAUGCCGGCCUGGAAAGGUGCUGGAGGUCGUCACGGAAGCUGCUUUGCCUCCUGUCUGUGUCCCCUUUCCCUGCUACCAAAAAAAGGCAUUUCGAGGAUGGAGCUAAGGUCAAAAGUAAGUGAAUGAACUUCCAGUCUUUGUAUCCAUUAACUGAAGCCCCCUCAACAUGAGAGGUUGAUAGAGGACUUUAUAGCGGGAUUAUGCUGACUGACUCUCACAAACGCAAAUACUUUCCUAACUAGGAGCAGAAAAAAAGCAGGGGACGUUUGCCACUUAUGCGGUGGGUCUGCGAGAUACAACAGGAUGUGACUGCUUUGGUGUUCUCUUUACUCUGUCCUUGUAGAGGUGUGAAAAGCUAUAUUGCUACAGGCAAUUUAUUUAAUAAUUGGAAGCCAUAUUGAUAAUGGAUGUGGUAAUAUUUGUAAAGUUUAAUCUACUUUAAGCGGCAGUAACUAAUGGAAUUUUUUUCCUUGAUCACAUAUGUAGCACUUUUGUUACUUUUUAAAGAUAUUUAUAUUUGAUAAAUCUUUUUUUCAUUUUGAGAACUCAAAAUACCAAACAGUGAACUUGAGUUAUAAAGUCACCCUGUGAUCACCUUGUCGUCCAGUAGCAAAAUGAUGAACUAUUCAUGCGUCCAAGAAAAUUACAUCUGCUGGCCUUGUAUGAAAAUGAUCUCUUGGCAUCCCGAUUAAAGGACACAGUGUCACUGUGGGUAAGAGGAAACAGCCUUCAGUGUAGCAGCGUAGGGUGCGUCUGAAAGAGGCACAGCUGCUCUCUAUUUCCUGCCUCGUUCCCUCUCUCCUUCCUACAGACAACGAAGCCUCGUUUAAAGGGGAAUAUGGGCCUGGCUGUUAAGCAGGGCGUCAUGUGUUUAUCCAUUGCCUGAAAGUGAUUCUAAAAUUGAAGGAGGGUGCCAUUUCCUUACCUCUUCACCCUUCCUCCCCCACCAAAUGUUUUCAACUUAAAACCAUUGAGAGAGAGAAUGACUGGCCGCCUUCAUUUCUCCUUUCCUCAGCAGUGAGUUUGAACAUCCGCCAGCUUCUAGCUGGUCUCACUCCACCUAAGGCACACGCUGAUGAGAUCACCUCCACUGUGUGUUCAUCCUGCUUAUGUCAGUGUGAGGAAGCCUUUGAGAGGCAUGAAGGUGCCACCUUCUGUGGGUCUGUGACUUUAUAGAGCUACAGGCAGGGCCUGGGCCUGCUCUUGUCCUUGGAUUUCAGGGGGAAAAUGUAUAUAUUUUUUUCCAGCUUCCAAGAAUUGAAGUAAAAUGGAGUAGCCUUUUCUGUUUAACUAUAUUACUUGAACCAACGAAUUCAAGAGUAGCAUUUGUUAUUCUCAGGAAUGAUCGAUCCCCCCACUCAUUUUCUUUCUCGGUGUGUUUGACUUUUUAUUUCUAUUAGAAGACUGUGUUAUCUUUCUUUCCUUUCCUUUGAUAUUAUUUAGAAAAAAUACAACAUAUCUUUCCAUUUCGGUGGAAUUUUGUCUGCUUAUUGUCAGUUGAAUCAGAAAGAAAAGGAGAGAGAAAAAUAUACUGACAAGCCACAUCCAUGAUUUACUGUAAGGAGAUUAUUAUAAUUGAUAGCUUCUUUAAGAUGGGAUUGCUAGUAUCAUUUGUUCUUGCUGGUCCUUUUAAAGAAACAGACUCAAACUGUAAAGGCAGCUGCAGUUUCUAAAGAAACAGGGUGAUUGCCAGAGAAGAGCUAAAAGGUUUCAUUGAUUUAGGACCUUUAAGGGAGGAAAGAAAGCUUCAAAGAGUAAAGGAGAGUAUCCAUGAAGGCAGUACCAGGUGCUUACCUGGAAAUCUGGGAAAAGUGAAAGAAUGUGUCUGCCAGUGCGGGGCAGCAUUGCCUUGGGUUCAGUAGGAACUGGAGGAAGGAGCCCUGCACGCGGAGUUCUUUGAUUAAAGAAGACUGCCGGUCUGCUCUAACAUCUACUGCCUUACAUACAACUUUUGCUUUUUCUCCAGAAGUGAAAAUUUAGUUCUUUGGGGCCUCGAUUUAAGUCUACCAUUGGUUUUUUGUUUGUCAUCAGGUUUAACUCUGCUGUCUUCUCCAGGCUACCUUAGUUCUUACAGUGGCAUAUGGAGUUGCCACUGUCUAAUUUGUAAUAUCUUUGGGGAGUCAAUUUUUUUCUUAAGCUUUUUCAGGCUUAAGAGGUGGUAUUAAAAUAGAAACCCUAAACUGCUCUCUUACUGAAGGGAAAAUAGCCAGGCUCUUAAAGCAUCCCAUCGUGUGCUUUUCGGUUUUUCUGUCCUCUUUUCUCACUUCCUGCUGUACUUUUUUCAGGCCCCCGAGGACUCUUUCAGGGGCUGCUCCUUCCCAGGUGAGGAAGACUAAAUGUGUCAGGUGGGGAAACCUUGCAAGCAGUUCAGGUAACUUGUCUGUUAUUCUUUUAAGACACUUUCAUUGAAUUAUACUGUGGUCACAUGGGUAAAUUUCCUAGCCUUCUUAAAACACAGCCUUACAAAGGGACCCUUUAAAGAUGGACCAUCCUAAUGCCAUUUCUGCCCAUCUCUUGAGAAUCGUAACAGCAGAUGAAGGCCAGGGAGGGCUACACGGUACACUCUGAUCUGCGACCUUCCAGGACCCGUCAGUACCAAAUAGACAUUGUGGUUUGUUUCAGCAAAGCCUGUAAGGCCGGAGCACCCCUUAAGGCAGUUUUCUUCAAGUCUCAGUACUUUGGGUGGCCUCCUCCCGCCUGUAGUCUGUAGAGUUCCCGCAUGUUGUCGUUCGGUGGGUGGGCUCUCCCCCACGUCUCGUAGUCCUUCACAGAAAGAGAGAUCCUCGAACAGGAAGACCCCUUUCAGCUCAGGCGCGGUGAUCACCUAAAAGGACGUGAGGGAGGGAGCAGCCCCUCAGUAUGGGAGGAUGCAAACCCAGCCCCCGCGUCCUGUAGGUUUAUCAUGGCAGUAGUUGCUGAUGAACAGCACCUUUACCUCAAAAGGGACAACUCGUGAAGAGCUAGUGAUACAGUUGCUUUCGUUCUCCCUGUUUGGCCUCUGUCUUUACACACUUCCCUCUUGGAUUUCAACCAUCAGGCACCAAGUGUAAGUAAACAGACUUUCAUUUCAUCAGGAAUCUACAGUCACAUCCUCUCUGUCUGUGAACAACUCCUCUUCUCUUUUCCUCUGGGCUCCAAACCAAGGUCUCAUCUUGAGCUGACUCCUUGCUGGAAUCUUUUUAUCCUCUGCAGCAGGCAGAGUAGGUGGGUGUGGUCCAUCUCUUCACACAAACACCCCUUCCUGUCUUGCAGCCCAGCUUUUUGACCAGCUACAUAUUCCGCUGACCAGCUACUCUCUCUGCCCACAACAGUGGAAAUAAUCCCUUUUUCAUAAAUGAUACCCCACCCCCGUCCUUAAAAUGUGAACGUCAAGUCCUUCUCUCUCUUUGGUCUUAAGAAGGGUUUGGGUAGAAGCAGUCUUCCCAUUUAACUCGUGGCUCUGCCUUUUAAAAUUGCUGUUUGUCUCUUUUUGUUGUUGUUCAGAGAACCACCAGAGUAUUUUUUUCCCCAAUGAGUCUCAACAGAUUCUUAGGCAAUAAUUUUUCUUCUUAUUGAUGACCUUGUGUGCAGUAGCACUCUACAUUCAAUAGUCCUGACCCUCUACUCGUGCGUUGGUUUUCUGUGUUAAUCACUGUGUGUGAUUUAAAUCUUAUGUCAGCGUGGUGAUAGAGUUUGUCAUUUUGUUGUUGUGAUUAUUAGUGAUGUUUUACUACUGUAUUCAUUGGGGCUGCGUUGAGACCAGCCAAAUCCAUUUAUAGCUUUACUGAGCCGCGUUUGUUUGUCAAGAUUUCCCAAGUGAACGUAGGGCACAUUGACCAGCUCCUG